UCGAGUACAACUAUCGAUAAUUUUAGCGGUAGAUUUGCCAUCUCCAGUUAAUAGAAAAUAUAAAUAUCUUUAAAAAAUGGAUGCAAAUGCAACAAUUACAGGCGACGUGGAUAAAACGCAGAUACCGCCUCUUAACCAAAAGCGCAUACUGGCAUUUGUGAACCAUUUCCUUAUCAGCACCUGCACUUACCUCAAUGAGUUUGCUUUGGGCUGUGAAACUAAGUUUGUGGAAAUGGAGCGGCAAUUACAAAAGACGGAGGCUUCUUUGAUAAUUUUGGAAGCCAAGCUGGCAUCCAUACCCACUGACAAUGAAACGGAUGUCGACACAGGCAGUCCAGCGAACCCCCUGCCAGUCACUACCGAGAUUGAUGCAGGCCCAACGCCCGUAGCCGAAGAACCACCUGAGCAUGAGCCUGAAACUGAACAAGAGCCGCAGCCGGUGGGUGUGCGCGCCUGUGAGGAUGUUCGUUAUAGAAAGUUUUUCAAAAUGCUGCAUGUUGGAGUGCCGACACCGGCGGUCAAGCAGAAAAUGAAUUCAGAGGGCUUGGAUUCACAGCUACUGGAUACACCUGAUCGAAUGCUGGAAGAUGGCGUCCGCGAGUAGACGCGACAACUUUUGGACCAGCAGCACAGGCUGGUCUUAUUGUGAUAUAUUGCUACAUUUGUAAAUUAAAAAUUUGUUUCUAAAGCUUACGUCUACAA